AUGCGUUCACAUUCAGCACACACCGAACAUCCACAGGCUGCGAGCGAGGCAACGAAAACGGACGAAAAACAAGCCAUCAGUGUGGAGCCCGGAACCCGGUCGACGACACUACACGCACGCCAAAACCGGUGGAUCGAUGCCAACCGGAAACACGAGACCAGCUUGGAGAGAAAUGUAACUUCACGCCACAAACGCAUGGUCACACACGCACUAGUACCCAGCCAGACGUACACAAGCAGAUCACGUUUCAGGUCUACCGAGUCUCAUUGGUUAAUUGCUGUCCCGCGUCGUCGCAUGUGA